GGAAGAGGAGGAGUCUAACAGUGUUAACAGUGACCCCGAGGCCAAGUGUUUUGCGGUGCAGUCUCUGGGAUGGGUAGAGAUGGCAGAAGAGGACCUGUCGCCAGGGAAGAGUAGCGUUGCCGUUAACAACUGUAUCAGACAGCUAUCCUACUGCAAGAACGACAUCAGAGACACUGUCGGCAUCUGGGGAGAGGGUAAGGACAUGUAUCUGGUUCUGGAGAACAACAUGUUGAACCUGGUUGAUCCGAUGGACCGCAGCGUGCUUCAUUCUCAGCCAAUAGCAAGCAUUCGUGUCUGGGGCGUCGGCCGCGACAAUGGCAG